AUGAUUAAUAAACUAGCCUACCUGAAUUCACAAAACUUUGCUUUACAAAAACAUAUUGUCCUGAAAUCUCGCGGAAGUCGACAGCCAUAUGCCAAAAAGGCGUGUGAAAACUGUCGAAGAUCGAAAACUAGAUGUUGUUCAGAUGGAAAUAUAAUUCAAGAUAAAGCUGAAAUAAAGAAGUGUGAUCGGUGUCGGAAACGUAACCUGAAAUGUGAAUUUUCCAAUAAGAUAAAAAAGCGGGGCCCAAAAGCAAAAAAUCCAACAACGUCUGAAGGAAAUUUAAAAAAUUCGAAGAUGUUGGUAGAGAACAUUAUUAACAAUACAUUAUAA